AUGGGGAACCAGGGGGAAAGACCACAGCAGCCUCUUCAAAACAAUAGGAACAAUGAGGAUAAAACCUUAAAAAUUGAUUUACCUAGUUUUGAUGGACAGUCUCCAGACCCUGAGAUGUAUCUGGAUUGGGAAGCCAAUUUGGAAAGAUAUUUUGACUUUAAGGAAACCACACCUGAACAGCAGUUUAAGCUAGCUAAGAUCAAACUGACCAAGCUUGCUGCAAUAUGGCUGGAAGGAGUGCAAAAGCAAAGAAGGAGGGAGGAUAGAGAGAGAAUCAAUACUUGGGAAAAAUUGAGAAAGCAUUUAAGAAGGAAAUAUGUCCCACGCAAUUAUAGACAGCAGUUGUACAUGAAAUGGGGAACAUUGAGACAAGACCAUAGGACUGUGGCAGAUUAUAUUCAAGAAUGGGAACGGUUGUCUGUUGUUUGUGACACCAAUGAGACUGAGGAGAUGAAGGUUGGGAAAUUCAUAGGGGGACUGAGGGAAGAUCUAAGAAAAAAAUUGGAGUUGACCCCAAAUCUUACCUUUAGCUUGGCUUGUAGUAAUGCCCUCACCUUAGAAAAAUAUUCUAAGAAGAAAUCAAGCAUGGGCAGCACCUACAAUAGACCAGUGAGGAGUUAUAACCCAAAGAAUGUUGUUACACCAACACCCACUGUGACUCAGACCAAUGCACCAGAUAGGGUUCCACCCUUGACCAAUAUCACUAAGGAUAAGAAUCCCAGGGACUUGAAGGGAGUUGUUUGUUUUAAAUGUCAUGGACAUGGUCACAUUAAGAGUGAGUGCCCAAAUGCUAGAGCCUUCACUGUGCAAGAAUGGGCAGAGAUUAAAGACAUAGGAAGACCUAGGGCCAUGAUGGUUAGCAGGAAUGGUAGGGAGGAGUUAGUUUGGCCUUCAACAUCUGAGAAGGACCCUGAUGGUACUUACUGUGUUAAUGAUGAGGGAGUCCUGGAAACUUUUGAGGGAACAAAAGAUAGUGAGGAAGAAGGGGACAGAGAGGAAGUGUAUCCUGAGCUUGAUUUGCAAAAUUUGUUGAUUAGGAGGAACUUUCAUGCUACCCCAAAGACCAAACCAAAUGAUCAAAGAGAAAACAUCUUCCAAACCAAAUGCAAGAUUAAGAACAAAGUGUGUGACCUAAUCAUAGAUGGGGGAAGUGAAACUAACUGUGUCAGCAAGGAUUUAGUUCAGACCUUGGACUUAGAGACUAAACCACACCCACAUCCCUAUAAGCUGAAAUGGUUGGAUAGCAAAGCAAGUGGUUUUGUUAAGAAGAGGUGUUUGAUUCAGUUUGCUAUAGGAUCAUUCAAAGACAAAGUGCUCUGUGAUGUGUUAGACAUGACUGCCUGUCAUGUGCUCUUAGGUAGGCCCUGGCAGCAUGACAGAAGGACCUUGCAUGAUGGCUAUACUAAUGUUUAUACCUUGAAACAUGAAGGAAAGAUUAAGGACCUUAUGCCCUUGCCACCCCACAAGACUUUGCCUCCACAGCAGUUAGUAGGCAGUGACUUUACCUUACCUUCACAAAAGGCAGUAGGCACUUCGUUUCCACAGAGACCUGUAGGUAAUGUAUCUUUAAUAAAUAGAAAGGUGAGCAUUAAGGAGAUCAAGAGGGAGGGUGAUGUGGAAGUGUAA